AUGAAGACGGAUUUCAAGUUUUCCAACCUUCUGGGUACGGUCUACCGCAAAGGAAACCUCCUCUUUACUCCCGACGGAACAUGCUUGCUCUCACCUGUCGGUAACAGGGUCUCCGUUUUUGAUCUAGUACACAACAAAUCUUACACCCUUCCCUUCGCGCAUCGCUCCAAUAUCGCGCGCAUUGCUCUCUCACCCAAUGGCAAGCUUUUACUUUCGAUUGACGAACAGGGGAAAGCCAUUUUAACAAAUUUUCCUCGCCGGAUAACCAUCUAUCACUUCUCGUUCAAAUCGCCCGUUUCCACACUUUCCUUCUCCCCGUCCGGGCGCCAUUUUGCGGUGGGUAUUGGAAGAAGGGUUCAAAUAUGGUGCACCCCAUCCACUCCCGGAACCGGCGCCAGCGGCGAGUUAGAAUUUGCCCCGUUCGUUUUAUAUAGAGACCUUGCCGGCCAUUUUGAUCUGGUACAAAAUAUACGCUGGUCCGGCGACUCCAGGUUCUUCUUAACCGCAUCCAAGGAUUUAACCGCAAGAAUAUGGAGUCUAGAUCCUGAAGACGGGUUCGAGCCCACUACGUUAGCUGGUCAUCGUGAAGGCGUAGUAGAUGUCUGGUUCACGGAUGAUCAAGAAUCCAUUUACACAGUCAGCAAGGAUGGUGCCCUGUUUCGAUGGCAAUACGGCUCCAAAUCCAAUGAUCCUGAUUCGAUGGGCGAAAAUCCCGAUCUUCGUUGGAGAAUAACGAAAAAAGACUAUUUCAUGCAGCAGAACACGAAGCUCACUUGCUCAGCAUUCCACCCGAAGACGAAUCUCUUGGUUGUAGGAUUCUCGAAUGGAAUUUUUGCCCUAUAUGAAUUGCCAGAAUUCAACCAACUACAUCUCCUUAGUGUUUCUCAAAGCAAUAUAGAUUUUGUAACAGUGAACAACUCCGGCGAGUGGCUGGCGUUUGGUUCGUCCAAACUUGGUCAACUAUUGGUAUGGGAGUGGCAAUCGGAAUCUUAUAUUUUGAAGCAACAAGGGCAUCUGGACUCCAUGAAUUCCCUAGUUUAUUCCCCUGACGGCCAAAAAAUAAUCACCGCCGCCGACGAUGGGAAGAUCAAAGUCUGGGAUAUCAACUCUGGGUUCUGUGUGGUUACCUUUACGGAACAUAGUGCAUCUGUCACUGCCUGCCAGUUCAGCAAACGAGGGAACGUCCUGUUUACGGCAUCUUUAGAUGGCUCUGUUCGGGCGUGGGAUCUAAUACGAUACCGAAAUUUUAGGACAUUCACCGCGCCGUCGAGACAGCAAUUCUCUUCUCUAGCGGUUGAUCCUAGCGGAGAAGUAGUGUGUGCUGGCUCCUUGGAUUCAUUUGAUAUCCAUGUCUGGUCCGUUCAAACGGGGCAACUUCUUGAUCGGCUAGCGGGCCACGAAGGACCGGUUUCAUCUCUUGCGUUCGCUUCAGACGGCAGUCAUCUCGUCAGCGGUAGCUGGGACCGCACCGUUCGGUUAUGGAACAUCUUCGCCCGGAGCCAAACCAGCGAACCCUUGCAGCUACAAUCCGAUCUCUUGUGCGUAGCAUUCCGACCUGAUGGGCAACAAGUCGCUGCUUCGACACUCGACGGGCAGUUGACCUUUUGGUCGGUUAACGAUGCUGCUCAGCAGGCGGGUAUUGAUGGCCGGCGUGAUAUUUCCGGAGGUCGUAAGAUCACGGAUCGCCGUACUGCAGCAAACGCAGCUGGCACGAAAUCUUACACAACGAUAACCUACAGUGCAGAUGGGUCAUGUCUCCUGGCUGCUGGAAACAGCAAAUAUAUUUGCCUAUACGAUGUUGGAACAGGCUCUCUAGUAAAGAAGUUUACGGUGUCUGUCAACACGUCGAUUGAUGGAACAUUGGAAUUCCUCAAUAGCAAAAACAUGACCGAAGCUGGGCCACGAGGCCUUAUUGAUGAAACCGGCGACGCAUCCGAUCUCGAAGAUCGAAUCGAUCGCACUCUACCCGGCGCAAAACGGGGAGACGCAGGCGCGCGCAAUACCCGUCCCGAGAUCCGCGUAACUGCUGCUGCAUUCUCUCCGACAAGCCGAUCAUUCUGCGCCGCAUCAACUGAAGGCCUCCUUAUCUACAGUUUAGACACUGAUUUGUUAUUCGACCCCUUCGAUCUCGACAUCUCAAUCACACCAGAUAGCAUCCUCGCCACCGUAGCAGCCGCCAAAACUUCCGCGCAAUCAAACGCAAAUCCAUCAGACUCCUCGUUCCUUAAAGCCCUAAUAAUGUCUUUCCGCCUAAAUGAAUCUUCCCUCAUCCGCACAGUCUAUGAAUCCGUCCCACCUCGCGACAUUCCACAUGUCGUCCGCUCCCUGCCCACUGUCUAUAUAACCCGUCUCCUUCGCUUUGUGGCCAAUGCCGCUGACGAAACCCCUCACUUGGAGUUCAACCUACUCUGGAUUCGUGCCCUGCUGAGUAUACAUGGACGAUAUCUCAAGAGCCAUUCUGGCUCGUUCGCGGCGGAAUUGAGAGCCGUUCAGAGAGCUGUGGAUUCGAUCAGAGAUGAUUUGAAGAGGUUGGUUGAUAAGAAUAUGUACACAUUGGACUAUUUGUUAGAGAAACCCGCCGUUACAGCCUCUUCGGACUCUACGGCCUCUUUGGAGAAGAAGGCAAGAUCUGCUAUCGGGGCAGCUAACGGCAAUGGCGUUGAUGCUAUCAGUGAAGUGGAGGACGGUAGCGAGGGAGAGGGCGAAUGGAUGGGAAUAGAAGACUAA